GCACCCGCCGCCGCACCUUAGCGGGUCAGAUCCGCCCUCGGAGGCUCGACCGCAUCCGCCGUCUGGCGCCAGUAACCCGCCUUGACCGAGUCGCCGGGGUUGCAUCAUCAUUGAACGAGCGCCUGGAGUGGCGGAGGAAAGAAAUAUCAUUAGGGCUGUAUACAAAGGUUGCGUUGUUGCGGGAGGCGACAUAAAAUCGGGCGACACAAUACCCCACGAUCGAGCACGUCGGAUGACCAGUCGUCGCUAAGAUCAGGCCCACGACCCGGAUGGAAACCAUGGAUGCCGGCAGUCGGCAGAGUGCCGUUUUACCCUCAAUAUCCUCCAUAGACGCCGAGAGCAGGAGAGACGAGAGCGACUACCAGCGAAAACAAUCCGCCGCGGCUAUGAUCAGCCCGUCCUUUCCCUUCUCAUGCCCGCCGCCGCCCUACGCUCACCACACGCCGACUGCCAGCGCACCACCAGCUGGCCUAGCAAGCCUCAUCUCCCCGCCAGAGUCGCGGCGCACGUCGGGCGAAGAGCGGGAACAUAAGCAACCGGCGCGGCAGUCGUUGCCAUCUAUCCAUGAAGCCUUGGCCUCUGAUCAACCCAUGCCAUACCCUCCAUCUCAGACCCCCGCCGCUCCGACCUCAGCGGCGCAGUACGGCCCGCCACCCCCACCUGCGGCCGCAAUACCACAUCCAGACGCAGCAAGGAGACAUUAUUCUCAAGACAUGCCUAGCAGAGACUCACCAGGUUUGUAUUCGCAACCAGCACCUCGGAGUCCCUACAUGAAGCCGCCUUUUGCCCAAAACCAACCGGAACCACCUCGUCCCACGCUGCCCAACUCACACAACCCAAAGCUCCCCACCCUGCAUCCGCUCAGGACGGAGCAGCCACCGGUGGAGAACCCAAGGUCGUCGUUUAGCUACGGAUACACGCAGGCGCCCUCACCGGGGUACCAGCCGCAGUCUGCUGGUGCAAUGCAACAGCAGCCUUUCGGCUACAGCACAUAUCCCGCCGCCGUACCAUAUCCUUACUCGGCAGCGCCACCACCUCCUCAUGCACCCGGUCCCGCUUACCCUGCAUCGGCAUCAGCUUACUCCGCGCAAGGAGGUUACCCACCGAGCUGGAGGUCAGAUGGAGCAGAGGUCAGGCGUGCGGAGGAGAGCAAAAGAGCGGGGCGCAAUGCUGGGCCGGCGUUGUACGGCGAGUCGGUCAAGCGACACCUCGACAACUUUGACUUUGAAGCGUCACUAAACGAGAUCGCGGAAGGUAGUGGACGGCUAAAUGAAUUCGUGCGGGUUUACGGCCAGCGAGCGCAUCAGGCGCAGCGGGUCGGACCGGUGCCUGGUUCGACGCCAACCAUCCACGAAGUGGACGAUUUGAUGAAGCAAGGCCACCGCAUUCUCGACUCGUUGGUGCGCAUCCAGGAGGUCGUCAGAACGCAACAAGUCCAUAUGGCGGAGCAGGUCCAUGACCCCCGCUACAAAGUGACGAAUGGCUACGAGCCGGAGGAGCCACAUGCAUUUGGAGAGGAUCCGAAGGGCGGUGGUGGCUUUGCAGGCGCCGACCCGAAGAAACGGAGAGGGCGAGCCGCUCCACCGGGGCGCUGUCACAGCUGCAAUCGCGCAGAGACGCCAGAAUGGCGACGAGGGCCGGACGGCGCGCGCACGCUCUGCAACGCAUGCGGACUCCACUACGCCAAGCUGACGAGGAAGAUGGGCGCGAACAAAGCGCCCAUCGGCAGCUCGAACCUCCGACCGAAGUCCCUUGGGCCUGGGUCACCGCCGGCGUAAGGACGGGGCGAAAAGCCUGCCUGCCCUGCCCUG